ACCACAGCAAGUACUGUACUUUAGUGUUGUCAUCAUGCGUGAAAUUGUACAUCUGCAGAUCGGACAGUGUGGCAAUCAGAUCGGCUCAAAGUUUUGGGAGGUGAUCAGUGAUGAACAUGGGCUCAACUCCAAUGGCAUCUAUGAGGGGGAUUGCAACCUCCAACUGGAGAGGCUCAAUGUUUACUUCAACGAGGCACAUGGGGGUAAAUAUGUGCCACGGGCCCUUCUUGUUGACCUGGAACCUGGGACCAUGGACAGUGUGAGGGGAAGCCGCAUUGGGGCACUUUUCAGGCCAGACAACUUCAUUCACGGAAACUCAGGAGCUGGGAACAACUGGGCUAAGGGCCACUACACAGAGGGAGCGGAGCUGGUGGAGCAGGUGAUAGACCGGGUGAGGAAUGAGAGCGAGAGCUGUGAUUGCCUCCAAGGUUUCCAGCUCGUCCACUCCCUUGGCGGUGGAACUGGCUCCGGCAUGGGUACCCUGAUCAUCAACAAGAUCAGAGAGGAGUACCCUGACCGCAUCAUGAACACCUUCAGCAUCAUGCCCUCCCCUAAGGUCUCCGACACAGUGGUGGAGCCCUAUAAUGCCACAUUGUCAGUCCACCAGCUCCUGGAGAACACGGAUGAGACCUACUGUAUCGACAAUGAAGCCCUCUAUGACAUCUGUUUCCGCACACUGAAACUGACCACGCCCACCUACGGCGACCUCAACCACUUGGUCUCUCUGACGAUGAGCGGGGUGACGACAUCCCUGAGGUUUCCCGGGCAGCUCAACGCCGACCUGAGGAAGCUUGCUGUCAACAUGGUGCCUUUCCCACGUCUCCACUUCUUCAUGCCGGGCUUCGCUCCUCUGAUGGCUCGAGGCAGCCAGCAGUACAGCGCGCUCACCGUGCCAGAGCUCACCCAGCAGAUGUUUGACGCCCGCAACAUGAUGACGGCCUGCGACCCCAGGAGGGGGCGCUACCUCACGGUUGCCGGUGUGUUCCGUGGCAAGAUGUCCACCAAAGAGGUAGACGAGCAGAUGCUGGCGAUCCAGCAGAAAAACAGCAGCUACUUCGUGGACUGGAUUCCCCACAACGUCAAGGUUGCCGUAUGUGACAUCCCGCCCAGGGGCCUCAAAAUGUCCUCCACCUUUAUCGGCAACAACACAGCCAUUCAGGAGAUAUUCCGCCGCGUGGGUGAGCAGUUCUCCCUGAUGUUCAGGCGGAAGGCCUUCCUCCACUGGUACACAGGGGAGGGUAUGGAUGAGAUGGAGUUCACUGAGGCAGAAAACAACCUCAACGACCUGGUGUCGGAGUACCAGCAGUACCAAGAUGCCACUGCAGAUUUGGAGUUGGAGGCCGACGAUGACGAAGAAGAGGAAGGCCCUUCAUCAGCGAUGACAUCCCAAGUUCAAUCUCGGACAGAACUUAAGAUGGAAAAUGUGACUGAAAUCACCACAGAAUCUAUGGCCGAUUAGAGAGUGUGGCACAAUUAAUGAGUUGUGAGUGGUUAAUGCCCAUGCAUGUUGAGUUGCAAAGAUGUGGAAGAGUGACGUGUGACUGUGGGUCUCAACAAGACCAAUGGUCCCAAAUCAUGUGCCAAGGAGGACCAUUUGUGAGGGGGUUUAAUGUCUAACUCCAUCUGAUUCCGGUCCUCCUCUGUCUGGGCGAAGUUGUGGUAGUCAGUAAAAUCUGUGUAUUAUUGAGAAAUAAAACCGGCAUGCACAUGGUUUUCCAUGGCACAGGAUUGGGGACUUCUGUCUUGGACCCUAGUUUUAAAGUCCAGGGAAUGAUCUGGAGAGCUUUUACUUGAUAGGAGUUUCUUUGUCUUAUGAGAUAGUACUUCUUUUCUUUCAUGUAUUCAACAAAUGACUAGUGUGCCUGUGUUUUUAAAGCUUUUGAGUUAAGGUGUGAGAGUUAAAGUAUCUUUUUUCAUAUUUAACAUUUUUGCAAAUCAUUUCUACUAUUUGUACAUUGGCUGGUCUGAAAACGCCAUGUUCUCUGUCUACAUCACUGUUUCUUUUAUGCCCCUAUAUGUGUAUAGUUAAACAUGAAUGAAAUAUGAGGAAGUUAUUGCAUUAUUUAUGAGAAAAAAUUACCUCAUCAGUAUAGAAAUUUCAAGUGUUUUAUUUCUCUAUCUAGUAAAAAUCUAUUUAUAUGAUGGACUAGUGGCCUGUCCAGGGUGUCUCCCCGCCUGCCGCCCAAUGACUGCUAUGAUAGGCUCCAACAUCCCGCGACCCCAAUUGGGAUAAGCAGCUUUGAUAAUGGAUGGAUGGAUGGAUAUUUCUCUAUCACUAAAGUUGUGUUUCUGUUAUUUGUUGAAUAUUGUUAUUCUCUCUCUUAUGUUUCAGAUGACAUUUAAGUUUUGUAUUGAUGUUAUGACGGUGAUUAAAAAAAUAAAAUCUCUAU